CUUUUUAAUACAAUUUAAUAUUCUCUCCAACGUCGUCUGACUAUUGCGGAGUCACUCGAGUAUAACUGAUCAAUACAAUCAGUUUCACACACAAAAAAAGAACAUUCCUACAGUCGUCGGACUCUUCUUCUAUCUUCCUCCGCCGGAUCCUCAGCCCGAUCCGCCGUGUUUUCUGUGUAGCCCUGCCGUUGACACCCCAACGCUCACCAUCACCCACGCUCUUUUGAGGCGGGUCAAGGUGCAGGUGAAAUAAUUGGUGAAGGAAUGACUAGACAAAUUGUGCUGCGGGCAACGCUGUCAUCGGUGUACAGGCGGAAACCGCUACUGAAAAAUCAUGGCUGCUCGUCGAGAAGCGGCGUAACAUGUGCGGAGGUGGCAGGUGGGACGGCGGCGGAGUGUGCAGCAGUGUGCUGCUGUUGCCCAUGUGGGUUGGUGAACCUCCUGGUAUUGGUGGUGUACAAGUUGCCGGCAGGGCUAUGCCGGAAGGCGUUGAGGAGGAAGCGCCGCCGUAGACUGAUCAAGAAAGGGCUUUUGCCACCGCACCAGUGUGGAUGUGACGAGAGUGAACUCCAAAUCCAAUCCAUAUCAGAACAUGGCGUAGAAUCAGAUUCAGACAGGGAUAUAAUUGAACUAGAGAAAGAAAUGUGGGAUAAAUUUUACAGUGCCGGCUUCUGGAGGAGUUCUUCACGAAGAAGUGAAAUUUGAACUGUAAAAAUAUUAUUAUAAUUUACUUCUGUAUUCUUUGUUUUAGUUUGCUUUACUGUGGCUUUCUGGAUUUGUUUUUCCAGUCAAGUAGAGAACUGUUGUUUUUUAGCCAAAAUUAUAAAUUUUAUUAUAAACAAUCACAUUUUAAUGAA